UGUACAAUGUGGAGGAUGCCAGAUUGGCCAAGGCCGCAAUAAUGGCAUAACAUUGUACAUAACUGUUUUGUUUUUCAGUUCCGUUCCUAAUGCCUAACAGCAAUUUCUGCUCACCACACUGACAUUUCCAGAAAGGCUUAAAAAACAACAACAAAACUUUACAGGCAAUUUCCAUCCCAUAGAUGCCCAGCUUCCUCCAGUCCUCCUUCCCCAAAGACUGACUGAUGGUGCAUAAUGAAAGACCCUCUGUACAUGCUCAGGGGCACUGUUCCUUAGUAAUACUCUGCACAUUCCGCGGCAGUGCGAACAGGCUCUAGGGCAUCACCUGGUAGUUCCUGGUAGGUGGCCUGGGUGAGGCUUUCCUAGUUGUUGACGAAAGGCACCGAUGAUGACACUCUGCACGUGCACAGGAGCACUCUCUCCUCCACACGUGUAGAGAGACCGCAACUGCAGGGAAAGUGCCUAUGCUCUGAGGAGGACCUGUUUCCUCCCCUCCCCUUCCCCCUUGUUGCGCCAGGGGUUUUGCACUCUGCACUUCAGUCCAGGCAGGCAACCAGACUUGGCUCAGGCCCGCAAAACAAAUCCUUGAACCAUAGAACCACCCAGAUAAAGAGCUGUUAUUUCUCUGUCAGCUGAAACACACUCAAUGACUUUUACUGCUUUUUUUUAACUGCACAAAUCCCUUCCACUCACCCCACCCACACCUUUUUUUUUGUUUAAUUUACACUUCUUUUAUACCACAGGUCAAGCAGGGAGUGUGCCAAUAUUUUACGGGGAUAGUAAAGCGUUUGGCGCUGAGGAAACAGAACCAUUCUGCAGAAAGGACUUGCUGGUGGCUAAGCAGGCAUCUCUGCUCUCUCUUUCAGGAACAGACAGCUGGAAUAGUUGGAGCUGAUUUGCCCAGGCAUGACAGACGUGGAAUUUGGCCGGAUGUCCGUCAAGGAGCUGGAGCUGGAUGGCAAAAGCAGCCCCCCGCAGCCCCACUGGUUUGAGCAGUACGCCCAGCCUUGCAUCGGAGAGCUGGUGGGGUCGGCCUUCUUCAUCUUCAUUGGCUGUGCAUCGGUCAUCGAGAACACGGAUGGCACCGGGAGGCUGCAGCCGGCGUUGGCACACGGACUGGCCUUGGGGCUCACCAUUGCGGUUUUGGGGAACAUCAGUGGUGGUCAUUAUAACCCUGCGGUCUCCCUCGGGGCCUGGCUCGUGGGUGGGCUGAACAUGGUGAUGGUCAUUCCUUACUGGAUCUCCCAGUUGUGUGGUGGGCUCAUCGGAGCCGGGCUGGCCAAGGUGAUGACCGUCUGGGAAAGGUACGACAAUGCCACAGGAGCGGCGUUCACCUCCAUCACCUCGGAUGACCAAAUCCCUGCAGCUCUGGUGGGUGAGAUUGUGAUGACCAUGUUCCUGGUCAUGACGGUCUGCAUGGGGGCCAUCAACGAGAAGACCAAGACCCCGCUGGCUCCCUUCUGUAUCGGCUUCACCGUGACGGCGGACAUCCUCGCAGGGGGAGGUGUUUCAGGAGGCUGCAUGAACCCAGCCAGAGCAUUUGGUCCUGCACUGGUCGCCAACUACUGGGACUACCACUGGGUGUACUGGGUCGGCCCUAUGGUGGCCGGACUCCUUGUUGGUGCAUUGAUAAGGACCCUGAUUGGGGACAAGAAAACCCGCAUCUUCCUGAAGUGAGCAUCCUCUGAGCAGGCUCCAGCGCUGGGCAGCACAACAUCAACAGACCGCUGCUCCAGAGCUCUCCAACAACCCUCCACUUCUCAACCUCUGCUUCCCCGUUUCCUUCGUGGCCAAAGUCUUGGGCGGCCCCCACCUGGAGGAGACAGGCAGGCUCCUGGACCGUUCUGUUGAGUGCUGCUCUCUACUAUUUAAAGCAAGGGGGCUCCUUCUCCCCGUGCAUUGCUGCUAGGGAAACCCAAGCAGAGAGAGUUGCUGCUGUUGGGCCCAGGGUCUGCAUUGGCCGGCCACAGUGAGACCAGGAUGCUAGGCUAGGUGGCCCCUGUCGGCCUGACCCAGGAGCUGGGCACUUCUUACAGUCAUAUGCUCUCAACGCUGUUAGGAUAUUGGACACAGACACCAUCAGCGCCCUCAUUGAUCCAGAGGGCUGCUCUCCUCUGGGCAAGUUCCACUGGAAUACCCUGGAGCUCUUGGGCAGCAUCUGGGAAUCUGCUAGCCCAGCUCACCCACAUUCCACUGGGGCUUGCACAAGGCCUCGUGUAAAUUGAUCAGUGUGAAUUUUAGUAUGAAUUUUCCCCACUGCACACAUUUUCGGGAAGCAAUUUCCCCAUAUAUAAUAUGUUUUUAUGUGUGAUGUUUUCACUGUAAUAUAGCAUAUGCAUUAUUGUAUACGGUGCAGAACAGCACUGCAAAAUUAAGAGAGGUGCAAAUUUCAAGGGAUAAUUGAAUCUGUCCAUUUUGGUGUCUCUCAGUUUCUCCAGUUUUUAAUUCAGAUCUUUGCAUUUCAAAAUCAAUCUGCAUUUUUUUUUAAAAAAAGUCCUCAUGAAAAUUCACCAGCGUUUUAGUGUGAAUUUCUCCUAACGAGCAUGUUUGUAUGUAGUUUUGCUUAAUGUACACAUUUUUGCAGAGCGAUUUCCCCCAAUACAAUACAUUUUUUGUAUGUUGUUUUUCCCCUAUUAUAUGCAUCCCUAUGCACACUUUACUCAAGCAUAUUGCUUUAUUGAUGAUUUGCUAACCAUUUCAUACGAGUUAUGUUGUAUUUGUGAUGUUCCAGUAUGUUUUGUUAUUGUUAUUGUUGUUACUGUUUGUAAGCUGCUUUGAGAUUCAUUUGAAUGAAAUACAACAAAUCAGUUUGAA